AUGGAUUUGAUGAACAUAGUCUUCCAGCCAUUCUUAGAUAAGUUUGUCAUCGUCGUCAUUGAUGAUAUACUGAUUUAUUCAUGGAGCGAGGCUAAAUGUGCAGAGCAUUUGACAAUAGUGCUCGAGAUACUUAGGAAAAAGAAGUUGUAUACCAAGUUUAAGAUGUGUGAGUUUUGGUUAAACGAUAUUGCAUUUCUCGGAUAUAUAGUUUCAAAGGAUGAGAUAUCAGUAGGUCCAACUAAGGUUACCAAGAAGAGUGACUUGAGUGAUUUUUACUUCAAUAUUGGGAAAAAUGUUGCAUUUGGUGCAAAAGAGAUUGAUGAAAUAGAGGCAAAGAAGCUUGCUGAGUCCAGGAAGCAAGAGACUCAAGAGGCCAAAGAGAUGGAUACCUCAGAGAGGCAUCAGUCGCACACUUCUUCAGAGUCUUCCAGGGUGAAAGAGGGGCCUCAGGCUGAAACUUCUGCUGCUUCAGUCAGAAGCUUUGAGCCCUCGGAUUCAAAAACAGUUUCUGAUAAGCGAUCUUCAGAUGUCUCAGCAGAAGAAAAAUCUUCAGAUAAACAGCCAUCUAGUAAUCAGCCAAAUCUCAAUCAUCAUAAAAGAAGUGAAGAUGCACUUGCUGCUGCUAAAGAACGAUUUUUAGCUAGAAAGAGGUCAAAGGUGGAGUAAGUUUAGGUGCUUGCUUUGCCUUCUCAUCUCUUUCGGUAAAAUGGCAAUACUUGAUGCAAGGCUUUGUUUGGAAUAUGGAUUUUAUUUGUAGAAUUAAUUUGUAAAUUUCUGAACUUAACUAGGAGAUUUUGCUGGAAUCAAAUUCUCGGGGAGUAGGGCUUAAAAAUUGCUGGAGUCCUCAAUGAGGCCAAAGCUGUAUGUAAAAGCAUGACCUGAUUCUAGCACUUGAUUCCUCUCUAUAUAUGCUCAAAAAUUCAUCUGAAGGAAAUACAAAAUUUCAACAAAUAAACAAUGGCUUAUAUGGAUAAAAGCCUUUGAUGAGUUUGACAGGUGAAACCUUUUCAAAGAAUCACCUAAAGAGGGAAGUGAAAAGGCUAAAUGACGAGCACGAGCUCCUCCUCCAUUCUUGUAAAGCGAGCAGGGGAAGUUGUAAAGAUAGAAAUUUUAUAUGUAACAUUUAAUUGCUUUGUAAUGGAAGUUUUGACGAACUUCAGACGCAGUUCAUACGUGCUGUAGAUUUGGUUUUAAUAAACAUGGACUUUUGAA